UCCUGGCAGAGGCGCGAUGGCCGACCGCGGCGGCGGCGGUCCUUGCGAAGCGCCGGGCCCGCGGGGCUCUCCGCGGUCGGAGCCCCGGGUCUCUCGCGCGCCGGGGCCGGGCGAGACCCCGCGCAGCGCGGCGCUGGCGCUGCGGUUCGACAAGCCCAUCAAGCAGGCCUUCUACAACACGGGUGCGGUGCUGUUCGUGUGCCUGUGCUGCGGCGCGGCGGUGCUCGUCUACUUCAUCCUCGAGGCCUUCCUGCGGCCGCUGCUCUGGGCCGUGCUGUGCGGCACCUUCCUGCACCCGUUCAAGAGCUCGCUCACGCGCCUGGGCCGCCGCUGGCUGCGCCGCCUGCACCGCGCGCACACGCCCAUCGUGCUGGCCGCGCUGCUGCUGCCCCUCUGCUUCGCCGACUACGGCGUCGAGGCCCUGGGCGAGCAGGCGCUGCGCCGACGCCGCCUGCUGCUGCUGCUGGGCGCCGGCGGCCCGCUGCUCUACGGCCUCUACUGCCUGGGCAGCUACCUGGGCGUCCAGGUGCUGCUGGCGCACGCGGGCGCGCUCAUCUGCAGCGGCCUCGACUACUUCAGCAGCCUGUGGAUCUGGACGUUGGUACUUGGCUAUGUGCUGAUGGUUUCAUUCAAGUGGAAUGCAAACACUGAACGCUACUUGAGAGCGGUUUCGAUUCCUGUCUGGAUGAUACUGCUUUUUCACAUAGCGUCCCUGGCUGGCUCAUGGAGAAUUCCAGUGUUCCUGGUUAUUGUUUUCCUGAUGUCUGUGGGCACCCUUUAUGAAACACAGGACGGGAAGGAGUCUGCUGGGGCAGAAUUACCAGGACAAGUGAUCUCCAUGGCGGCUUCUACACUUGCAAACUUGGCCAUCUCCAUCACAGGGUAUGAGUCAAGCGGCGAAGACCAGCCCUCCCCUCAGCCUGCAGAGCCCACGGACAGGGGAGAGCUCCCCCCAGCACUGUCCGCUUCCUCUCCAUCCUCUUCUCGGUCCUCACCUUCCUCUCCUUCGCCCACUCUGGGCAGACAGAGGUCUGAGGUGGGGACGUUUCUCCGAAAGAAGAAAGCGAGUGACAUCUACUUCGUGUCUCUCGUGUGGGCCAUCAUUGCUGUCCAGCUCUGGCUGAACCUGUGGAUCGUGCAGCUGCUGCCGGUGCCUGUUGCAGCCUGGAUAAUCAAAAAGCUCGUGAUUCACUUUGGAGUGGUGGGCUUCCUGGAGAAACGCUGCCUCGUGUGGUGGCAGGUUAUCGAGUGCUUCCUGAAGGAGCGGCAGAAGGCCUUAGCGCCAUGGCCGAUUAUCGGGCUUGGAAAGUUCUUGCUGAAAGUCGAUACCAAGCUCUGGCACUGGCUAAAUAAGAAGAUGAUCAUCUGGCUGGAGAAGAUGUUAGAUAAAAUUAUUAGCAUCUUCAUCAUAUUCUUGCUAGUAAUAGGAACCCUUCUUUUAGCCCUUCUCCUGACUGCCAAGGUACAUCAAGAAAGUGUACACAUGAUUGAAGUCACAAGUAAUCUGAUUAAUGAAACGGUAGCAAAUCACCCAGAGUGGGCAAAUUGGCUUCCUGAGGCUCAGGUGGUCCAAAGAGCCCUUAAUUCUGCGGCUAACAAUGUCUAUCAGUAUGGACGGGAAUGGAUAACUCACAAGCUUCACAAAAUUCUAGGGGAUAAGGUGAACAACACAGCUGUGAUUGAGAAGCAAGUCCUAGAGCUGUGGGACAGACUGUAUCACUCUUGGUUUGUAAAGAACGUGACACAUUCCGGAAGGCACAAAGGGCACAAGAUGCAUGUGAGUCGCCAGAACAGCUGGCUGGGGGACAUUCUGGACUGGCAAGACAUCGCCUCCUUCGUCCAUGAGAACAUUGAAACAUUCCUCUCGAUAUUAUCUUUUGGCUUCCAAAUAUGGAAGAUGAAGAUCCUGGAGUCCCUGUGGAUUGUCAUGAGCCGGAAUGUGAGCUUACUGUUCACCACGGUCACCACGCUGCUGACCAUCCUCUUCUACAGCGGCACCGCCCUUCUCAACUUCGUGCUUUCCCUGAUAAUUUUCCUGACCACACUGUUUUAUCUGUUAAGUUCCAGUGAUGAGUACUACAAGCCAGUGAAGUGGGUGAUAAGCCUGACACCACUGUCCCAGCCAGGCCCUUCUUCUAAUAUUAUUGGCCAGUCUGUGGAAGAAGCUAUCAGAGGGGUGUUCGAUGCUUCCCUCAAAAUGGCUGGCUUCUACGGCUUGUACACCUGGCUGACUCACACUGUGUUUGGCAUCAACAUUGUCUUCAUACCAUCAGCUUUGGCAGCAAUCCUUGGAGCGGUGCCAUUUCUGGGGACAUAUUGGGCAGCAGUGCCUGCCGUUCUCGACCUGUGGCUGACACAAGGGUUAGGAUGUAAGGCCAUCUUGCUCCUGGUCUUUCAUCUCUUGCCAACAUACUUCGUAGACACUGCAAUCUACUCCGACAUAUCAGGAGGGGGCCACCCUUACCUGACUGGCUUAGCUGUGGCUGGUGGAGCGUACUACCUGGGCCUGGAAGGAGCAAUCAUUGGGCCCAUCCUGCUCUGCAUACUUGUGGUUGCUUCCAAUAUCUACAGUGCCAUGCUAGUGAGCCCUACGAAUUCUGUGCCCACACCAAACCAGACACCGUGGCCUGCUCAGCCUCAGCGGACUUUCCGUGACAUCUCUGAGGAUCUGAAAUCUUCAGUAGACUGACAUGGCUUUACUGCUGUGACCCCUCUGGGGAGUUCUACCUCGACAGUGAAUUCUCCCAGUUGUGGCCUCUGUCCUGUCAGCUGUGUCUGGCAGGCAGAGGCUCCAGAAGAGAAGCUGAGGACUCGCUCUAGGCUGCUUUGCGUUUUAAAACACGGCUUGAGUCGGAAACGGUGUGUGCCCACAGCUCACGCUACGAUGGCUUGAAAGGUUGCAGUUCGCGCACUGGUUGGCAUCAAGGCUUAAACUGCCCCUCAUUGUCUACUGCAAUGCGUAUUUAUGAAGUUACCCUGAGGAUCCUAGAAUGACUGCCAUUAAAAGUAUUUGUAUUUCCAGUGUAAUUUUUCUCCUGCCUCAGGAGUUCUUAGCCCCCUUUCAGUGACGAGGCCUUCACUUUGGAGUCUGGUUUGAUAAGCAGGGGAAAUGAGUCUCACACCCUUUUAGAACCCCGCCACCCCUUCUUGGAGGAGAAAGGUGUCUGUGCCUGAGAAGAGAUGGUGGGGUAUGUGUGCUGUGACAGGCGUGGAGCUCUUCCCUCCUCCCUCCCCUCCGCCUUUCCUUUCAGGGUUGCCAAAUUUCUACAGCCUUUCUGACCGCGUUGGAUGGAGACCCUCACUGAGCUGCCAUGAAUGCGGCCGUGUAAUAAUAGCACCCGUGCCGUCAACUCUCUCCUCUUAAGUCCUUUACGAGAAGAGACUCUCGGGUGCCGUGGUCCUCUGCUUUGCUGUGUGCGUCCCCAGGUCUUUACUCGGAACUGUACCAGUAAGUUUCUUGGCAGCAGACUUUUGUGUUCUCUGCCAACUUAGCACAGUGCCUUGCACACGUGACUGUCGCUGGGCUUCACUAACUUUCUGCGCAUCUCAGAUACGACGCGGCCAGCAUCGUGCUUUACGUGGUCAGCUUCCCACUCUGUUCGCACCCGCUCUCUCGGCUUUGCGUUCUCAACAGUGUCAUCCUUGUUGGGGCCACUAAGCCUCGGGGCAGUGGCCAGUGCAGAGCCGCCAGCUGCCGUAAGACGCGGUCUCCCGUCUUCCGACUUCACAUCUGCUUUCUUAGGGUACCAGCAGCUUUCCAGCCCUGUGACCCCAGGUGUUGUCGCACGUUCCCUGCAGGUGAAGGGAAGCUUGUCCUGCUUCACGGCAUGAUAGGAAGGAAGGCUGUCUCCUAGUUCCGCGCACCUUCCUAGCUGGCUGUUCAGUCAGCAGCCCUGCCCGUGCCCAGAGGGAAUGUGAAGCAGAAGGGAUUUCUGUCAAAGUUUUUUUUUUGAAAGCACUUAAGACUAAAGUUAAGUUUUGGUAAAGCAUCUGGCUAAGUUUAUAACGUUAUUUAUGUCACGAGUCAUAAACCCCACACACUGCAGUGUCUUGACUUGGCUGUGUAUAAGUGGAACACAUGCAGGUCUCCCGGCUGUAUCAUGAAUCCUUCAACAUUUAUGACUGAUUAUCCCGUUACCUGUUAGAUUUGGCCACUAGAUCCCUUACUGUGUUCUUUAAUCAGUUGCUCAUUAACACAUUUCUUGAGUGUUAGUAAACUCUAGGCACCAUGCCGGGGACUGUACAGGGUGCUGUGGGCGAUAAAGGCAGCCUCUCACCUUAAACGCCGGCCAGAUCAUGUAUCAUAUACUAAAUCUAAAAUUCUUGUAUUAAAAUGCCUGAGGAGAGGAACCAAGUUUGUGUUUGUUUACCAUAACCUGGUAAGUUUAUAGCUAUAAUUAGCACAUGCUCAUAAGAGGCAAAUAGAUACAGUGGUUUGUAUACGUAUACAAAUUAUGUUGCUCCAAUGUGCUUUUAGCCAUGUAAAAGCAAAAUUGCAAAAACCUGAGUUUGAGCUGAUUCGUAGCUGUUGGUAGAAUAGUUCUGAAUCUGAAUGUGAAGUUGUUCAUGGGGAACUCUGAACUUCCUAAACUAAUGGCACUGACCCAAGCCUUUCCUGAAAUUUUAGGAGCAGAGGUCCCCACGUUGCCACACACCACUCCAUUGCUACAGUGAAUUCAGGAAGGCCACCAGUUAGGUAGGUUGGAACCAAAAAGGCACCCUGGCAUGUACCAGGAACAGAGAGGAGGUUUACAAUAUUUUCCUAGGAUAGAUAGAGUCUCUGCCCUACCCUGAAGUGUUUGCAUGGGAAUUUGAGCCAGGAAGAAGUUCCCCUAGGAACAGAGAUGGUAUCUAUGCCUUACCUGUUUUUUUGUUUUGUUUUUGGUGUGUGUGUGUCUGUGUGUGUAGAAUGCAGUAUGUUAUUUGUAUGUGAGUAUGUGUGUGUGUAGGAUGCAGUGUGUUUAUUUGUGUGUGAGUAUAGAAUGCAUCCAUGAAGCAAAAGUAACUUCAGUGAAACUGAGGACAGAACUCUGUCUUAGCGUCUUGGAUUGUGUUAGCUUCAGAUUCCCAUUCUCUGACCCUUUUAAAUGGAGUGGGCUCAAGAGUUGUUGGGAAGCUGUGUGUAUGAGAGAAUGAGUUCAGGGCUGGGAGCAUCAGUCCCAUGUGAUGUCCCCCUGCCUGAAUCCUACACUCUGGUUUUUAGACAUGAUCUAUGGGCCUCUUUGGCUGCCAGUGUUAGGUGUUAUUAAAGCUGUGAGUCUCCUAACCCUUCUUCCCUAAGAGCUGGCUGCUCCCCUUUGGACUCUGAGGUGAGUCUGGCUUGGCUCGUGACUGUGGAAAGGUACCCAGGUUGUAUUAUGUGCAGCCAGCCCCUGUGUCCAAACUGUGGCUUUUGCGAUGGCGGCUGCUUGUCCCGUGUAGAGGCAGUAAAGAACUUGCAGGGGAGGCCUUCUGUUCGAAAGAGCUCACCUUGCUUCCUCGGGACUUGUGCAUUCCUCCAGUUCCCCGCUCUGAUGAGUGCCUGUUUCAGAAGUGAGGCAAGAAACGCUGGGAGCUGAAGGUCAACCGGGCUUAGACUAGAAUGCUAAACUUCCCAUAAUCCAAUCCUGACCUUCCAGUAUCUUCUGAGGGUCUCCCACAGCCUUUCUAAAAGUAUCACGGUGGGACUUUGAAUGCCUUUUCACAGUAAAAAUCGCUUGUGGCAACUUCUAAAUUUCAGUUCCUGCAAAGAACAACUACUAUUUAUUUUCUAUUUAUUUUUUAAUCAGUUUCUUGUCUUUGCUAUUUUUGUCCUCAAAUGUGUUCAUAUUUUUUAACUUACUAAAGCCUGUGCAAAACACCUAUCUGAAGCCACCAAGCAGCUUUCUUUUCUUUUAAGUUUUUUUUUUUAAUUGAUAACUUAAAGAGAAUUGUACAUGAAGAUUCUUCUUACCAGUCACAGAAGUUUGGUACUUGGAUGGGCUGUUGUAAUGAGAUGAGGUUGUUUUAGAGAAGGAAACAGGUUUAUGGGUAAAGCAGCUUAUGGUACAGAGCCAGUUAGCAACAACAGAAUCAGGAGUGGAAUGUAGAUCCUGUCCCUCUCAGCCCACCUGCGUUUCUUCCCUUCUCCUCACAGCUCAGCCACUUUUGUCACCAAAAAAAGAAGAUGACGAAGAUGUUCUGUAGAGCAGUUGUUUGCAGAAUUAAUGAAGUUGUAGGAGAAAAACCUGCUGGGGUAGGGAGAUUCCAUGGUCAGUUAAAAUUGAGGAAUGCUAAGUUAUCUCCUUCCCCUGGGAUGCUUUUGUUAUGCCAGGACAUGUUGUGAAUUUAGGGAGGGCAGACUGUUUUCAUUGUACCCUGUACCUCUAUUCUCCCAGCUUUCCUUCCUCUGAGCAUCUGGAAAGACCCGAGGUCCCUUUGCGCUCUUGAUCAGGUUUACAGGUCUCAUAGAAGACGUUGCUGGUGAGGAUACUGGCAGUGCAUGUGUUGCCGGGCUUCCGUGGGACGGCAGGAAAGCCCAGCGGUCUGGGGAGACACCAGAAAGAACACACAUUGCUGCCCAGAGCUGUACCUCGCAGGAAAGAUGUUCUUUCCCAGCGGUGGCAGGCAAAGCCAGUAUCCCCAAGUUAUCCAAGAAUCACCUAAAUUGCAAAAUACACUGGUGAUAUUGGCACUGCGUCUUGGCAAUGCUUUUGUGUGGCACUUUAUAAUUUUCAGGCACCUUUGGGCUCAACCCUGUGAGCUAAAUAGAUAGUAUUACAGUCAUUGUUCAGAUAAGGCACUGGAAGCUCCGAGAAGUGUGUUUUUGUUGAUGCCUCUCUCUCUCUCUCUCUCUCUUUUGUUGAUGCCUCUCUCUCUCUCUCUCUCUCUCUCUCUCUCUCUCUCUCUCUCCCUCCCUCCCUCCCUCCCUCUCUCUCUCUCUCUCCCCCACCCUCCUCUCUCCCAAUUAUAGAUCACAAAAGGAUGGAGCCAGAAUUUGGUUACAGUCUCUGACUCCAAGUCCAAAGCUGUUUAUACUGGUCUUUCCUUCUAGCUUUAUGUAUACGGCGAAGGUAUGGAAACGGAUCUAACAGUGGCUUUGCUUAUUGUGAGGGACGAAAUCCUUUGUAUUGGGGUGACCCAGCAGUGUAACCCUUACUGUAACUGUCCUAGAGAAAAAACCCUCCUUCGUCCUUGCAGUGCGACUUGUACUUCAAACACUGACUGUGAAACUAACACUGAACAUACUGUUGUUAGUUAUUUAGCUCUGCAAAUGCAUCUCCUAUGCAUUCUCAGGUGAAGGAGAGAAAUGGUUUGACAGGAAAACUAGCAUUCAAAUGCAACCAUAAAUAUCCUUUAUUACAUACGUGCUGUUUCUUAGCUUUAAUUUGCUCUCACAACUUAAUUGAUGUCACAACAUCUUUGUAAAAUGUAAUAUAUUUCUAUUUUGAAAUAAAGUCACAAAUGUUGGAUGAAA